UUGAGCUAAAAACAUGCCGCUAUAAUAAGGAACACCACCACACAACAACUUUGCUUUAUUUUUACCAAAAAACAACUUUGCUUUGUUAAAUAUUAUUAUCAUAUGAUGAUUAUAUACAAUUCUGGUUAAUAUACAAAAAAUAUGGUUAAGGUCGUGUAAUAAGCAAUUGACUAAACAUAACCAAAAUAAUCUAAAAAAAGAAGAAGAAGAUUUGAAUAGAUUUUCGACCACUACUAAAUUCACGCCUGCUCCGUAGUUCCCUCUCUUCUUUCUCUCCGCGUCAAGCAUUUUUCUAAAAUAAGUAUUUUCCCCUCCAAAUUGAAAUCUAAAUUAAAAAUAAACACUUUUAGAUCAAAACUCAUAAUCAAAUCAAAUCUCUCUACUAUAUAAAUAAUACACUUCUCUCCUCACAAAUCUCAAAAACCUCUCGAAUUUUCCCGAGAAACUGACGGAAAAUGGCUCCCUAGCUGAAAUUUCGAGAUUCAGAUUCCCCCCUUCUUUCUCGCCUUCUCACAUUGCUUAUCGCCUGUAUCAGGCGUGUGUACACGUAUUGUUAUUGGAAUCAUGGCACAAGUAAGGUACACUAGGUUAGAUAACAGGAGGCCCUCCUCAAACUACUGUUCGACAGUGACUGUUGUUGUGUUUGUGGCCCUAUGCUUAGUCGGGAUCUGGAUGAUGACGUCCUCCUACGUUGGACCCGCUCAGAACGUUGAUGAGGUUUCUCUUGACACCAAUGAUGGGAUAAAGAAACAGAUGACCCCGCCUGCGGAGGAGGGCAAUGUCCAGAAGUCUGAAGAGGCAGCUGGUGAAACACUGAAUGAGGAAAAGAAAAGUGAUGGUGAUGCAAGUUUUCCUGAAGGUGAUGAAAGUUCGAGCAAACAAGAUGACCAGGAAGAGAAGAAAGAAGAGAAAACUAAAGAAGAGUCUACUUCGUCUGGUGAUGAGAGCUCAAGCAAACAAGAGGACCAGGAAGAGAAGAAAGAAGAGAAAAUUAAAGAGGAGCCUAACUCAUCUGGUGAUGAGAGCUCGAGCAAACAAGAGGAUCAGGAAGAGAAGAAAGAAGAGAACGCUAAAGAGGAGCCUACUUCAUCUGGCGAUGAGAGCGCGAGUCAACAAGGGGACCAAGAAGAGAAGAAAGACGAGAAACCUAAAGAAGAGUCUACUUCAUCUGGUGAUGAGAGUUCGACCAAACAAGAGGACCAUGAAGAGAGGAAAGAAGAGACUGCUUCAAAUGGCGAAACAAAAAGUGAGACCGAAGGUGGGGAAAAUAAAAACGAUGACUCCAAGUCAGAGAAUGGUGAUGGAAAUGAUUUGGGUGAGAAAAAAGAUUUGAAAGACCACCCAGAUGAAGAAAAUCCUGAGUCCAAGUCAGAGAAUGGUUUUGAUGGAAGUGAUUUGGGUGAGAAAAAAGAUUUGAAAGACCACCCAGAUGAAGAAAAUCCUGACUCCAAUGAUAACCAAACCAAACCCGAGACGGAGGACAACGAGUCUGGUGAAAACCAAAAGAAAACUACAGCUGAUGAAAGUGAGAAAAAGUCCAGUGAUGAUGAUACAGAGGCAAAAGGUGAUAAAGAAACCAAAACAGGCAAUGAAGGUGCUGAAACGAAGACCGAGAAGGAAAGCACCGAGACAAUUGUGGAGCAAGAGAGUAUAGCUAAAAACGAGACAUCAGGGGAUCUUUCGCCUCCUGUGGCACAGUUAGAGCUACUGAAUGAAACUACCGCACAAAAUGGUUCAUUUACAACCCAGGCAACGGAGUCCAAAAAUGAGAAAGAAGCUCAGAAGGGUUCUGGUGAUCAAGUUGAUUUCAAAUGGACACUCUGCAAUACAACUGCCGGACCGGAUUACAUUCCAUGUCUCGAUAAUGUGCAAGCCAUUAAGAGUCUUAAGACUACUAAACAUUAUGAGCAUCGUGAGAGGCAUUGCCCAGUCACCCCACCCACCUGCCUUGUUCCUUUGCCUGAAGGAUACAAGCGGCCAAUUGAGUGGCCCAAAAGUCGAGAAAAGAUUUGGUACACUAACGUCCCUCAUACCAAGCUUGCUGAGUAUAAGGGGCAUCAAAAUUGGGUUAAAGUUACCGGAGAGUUUCUAACUUUCCCUGGAGGAGGAACCCAAUUCAAGCAUGGUGCUCUUCAUUACAUCGAUUUCAUACAGGAGUCUGUCCCUGAUAUUUCUUGGGGUAAACGCUCUCGAGUGGUCUUGGAUGUUGGAUGUGGUGUUGCAAGCUUUGGUGGUUUCCUCUUUGACAGAGACGUGACCACCAUGUCCCUGGCGCCUAAAGAUGAACAUGAAGCUCAAGUGCAAUUUGCUCUUGAGAGAGGCAUUCCCGCCAUUUCUGCGGUGAUGGGCACAACAAGGCUACCUUUCCCUGGCAGAGUCUUUGACAUUGUUCACUGUGCUCGCUGUAGAGUGCCAUGGCACAUAGAAGGUGGAAAACUCCUUCUGGAGCUUAAUCGUGUAUUGAGACCCGGUGGCUUCUUUGUGUGGUCUGCUACUCCAGUUUAUCAGAAAAAGACCGAAGACGUUGAAAUAUGGGAAGCUAUGACUGAACUCACUAAGAAAAUGUGUUGGGAACUCAUAUCGAUCAACAAGGACAAAAUCAACGGAGUUGGUGUAGCUACUUACAAAAAGCCCACUUCAAACGAAUGCUACAAAAGCAGAUCAGAACAACAACCUCCGAUAUGUGCGGACUCUGAUGACCCGAAUGCAUCUUGGAAGGUGCCACUUGAAGCAUGCAUGCACACAGCACCAGAAGACACAACGCAGCGUGGAUCUCAGUGGCCCGAGCAAUGGCCAGCGAGAUUAGAGAAACCACCAUUCUGGUUAUCAAGUUCCCAGACCGGAGUUUAUGGAAAAGCAGCACCAGAUGAUUUCAGCGCUGAUUAUGAGCACUGGAAACGUGUAGUGACCAAAUCAUACCUUAAUGGUCUAGGAAUUAACUGGGCAUCUGUUAGAAAUGUCAUGGACAUGAAAGCCGUUUAUGGAGGAUUUGCAGCGGCUCUAAGAGACUUGAAAGUGUGGGUGAUGAAUGUGGUUCCAAUAGAUUCACCAGAUACACUAGCAAUAAUCUAUGAACGAGGACUCUUCGGUAUCUACCAUGACUGGUGUGAAUCUUUCAGCACUUAUCCGAGAUCAUACGAUCUCGUUCACGCUGACCAUCUAUUGUCCAAACUCAAACAAAGGUGCAAUCUAACGGCGGUUGUUGCGGAAGUGGAUCGGGUUCUGAGACCGGAAGGGACACUAAUAGUCCGAGACGAUGCAAAAACCGUACAAGAAGUGGAAGCAAUGGUGAAAGCAAUGAAAUGGGAAGUUCAUAUGACUUACUCUAAAGGCAAAGAAGGUUUGCUUUCUGUUCAAAAGUCAAUUUGGCGACCCGAAGAUGUACAAACUCUCACUUACGCUAUUGCCGCUUGAGAACAAACUUAGUCCUGAGCCCCCACGCUUUUGUACGUAAACACACACACUCUUAUUAACUCGUUAUAUCAUUUUUCCUUUUUGUCGUCUUUUAGGGUUAUUCUUCCCAUUUUUAGUGUAUUAAGUCUGAGUUGAGUCGUUUGUCUGUACUACUCGCACUUGUUUCUCGUCUUGAAGAUGCAGAACUUUCUUGAGGUUCUUGUUUUGUUAAUGUUAA